CGUCGGUAAAUUUACUGAAACUGGCUGUGCAUCACAAGUUACACUACUUUAUUUGCAAUGUGUUAAACCAUGUAGCUUAUGAACGCAAGUCUCAUUUUAUGUUUCCAUUGAAACUUCAACACUUUUCUUAUUUCUGGAUUCUAGAGGUGUAUUUCACCGUGAUUCUCUAAAGUCUGCUUCUAGUGUAACGGAAAACUUCUAAAUUACAAGAUUUUAUUAAAAGUUUCUCACAAAAGAGGACUGCAGGGUUGCCUGUGACCGCUAGUUUCCGGGUUCAGCUGAAGUCUGCCAACAUGGGUUGUCGGGUUGUACUUAUCGUCAUCCUAUCUGAGAUCUUUGGUAUUUCAUGCAAUGCAGUACACCUGACGAUGGUCACACCUACACCAUUUGGGGCGGGCUCUUUUCCGGUCAACUUCACCUGUUUUCGCAGCAGUCCUGAUACUAACGCCAGUUUGAGCUUCGGUAGACCCUUCCAGAUAGCUAUACCAGGAUCUUCUAUUCAGACAGUGACUACUCUUCCAGUUGGUGCAACAACGUCAACCAUCGCUAGCGCACCUGCUGCUGUUACACUUAACACACCCUUAGCCAGUGUUGACUCUACAGGGUUGUUUUACUGCGAGGGAACCAAUACAGUAAUGGUUACGAGGGUGUACAGCAUUAUCAACGCAGUAACCAGAAGGUUUGAGCCAGCUGAUGGAGUGGUGACAAAGACUAUCAACAAAGGAGAAGAUGUAACUCUGUUAGUAAGCUCGGUUAAUGGCCUUGGCACUGCUCCUAUAUGGCGUCGAAUCAGAAAUGGAGUCAUUGAUGGUUUACGUGGUUUGCCUGGUCAGAACACAUUUUCAAUAACAUUACCCUCUUCGGAAGUAAGGCAUGAUGAUUUGUACGCUGUGAUACAGUCGGGCCAGCCUACCAGCGAUAAUCAUUUCGGAAUGAUUAGACUCAUAGUCAGAGGUUGCUCAGCUGGUCAAUGGGGUCCUCCUGCCUGUACUGGGAGAUGUAAUCAAUGCUACAAUGGAGGAGUUUGUGAUGAUGAGACAGGACAAUGCAUCUGUGCACCAGGAUUCAGCGGACCAAACUGUCUCACUGCUUGUGGUAUGCAUACUUUUGGAUGGAAUUGUGAAUUUGGAUGUGGAUAUGGUGAACUUAUUUCUACCUGCACGGGUAUUCAGUUUGGUUUACCAGAUCCCUAUGGAUCCAGCUGCAUCUCUGGAUAUUCAGGCAUACACUGUGAUACAGCCUGCUCCGAUGGAUCGUUCGGUGCUGGAUGUACCCAGGCAUGUGACUGUCGAACAGGUUUUUGUGAUAUCUACACCGGUGAAUGUCUAGAUAAUGUGCGGCUUGUUGGAGGACGCGACGCCUCCGAGGGUAGGGUUGAAGUAUUCCAUAAUGGCACAUGGGGCACCGUGUGUGAUGACUCCUGGGACAUCACAGACGCUAACGUUGUGUGCAGACAACUCGGUUUCACUGGAGCACAUAAUGCAUGGCAGAGUGCACACUUCGGACAAGGAACAGGUCAAAUACUCAUGGACAACGUCAACUGCGAUGGAGAUGAGCACAUACUUCAAGAUUGUGUUUUUUCCGGCUGGGGUGUUCACAAUUGUGGCCAUCAAGAAGAUGCUUCCGUGACGUGUGAAUCAGAUUUGCGGCUUGUUGGUGGAAGCGUCGCCUCUGAAGGUAGGAUUGAAGUCUUCUAUGGUGGUCAAUGGGGCACCGUGUGUGAUGAUGACUGGGACAUCACAGACGCAAACGUAGUGUGCAAACAACUUGGCUACCCUGGAGCAACUACUGCGUGGCAGAGUGCACACUUUGGACAGGGAACAGGUCAAAUACUCAUGGACGACGUUAACUGCGGUGGAUAUGAUGACACAUUGCAAAGCUGUAGUUUUCUAGGCUGGGGUUCCCACAAUUGUGGCCAUUCCGAAGACGCUUCCGUGACAUGUGAACCAGAUACCAAUGUGCGGCUUGUUGGUGGAAGCGCCCCAUCUGAGGGUAGGGUUGAAGUCUACCGUGACUAUCAAUGGGGCACCGUGUGUGAUGACAGUUGGGACAUCACAGACGCUAACGUUGUGUGCAGACAACUUGGUUUCACUGGUGCAACUAAUGCAUGGCAGAGUGCACACUUUGGACAGGGAACUGGCCUAAUACUCAUGGACGAUGUCAAUUGUGGUGGGAAUGAGCAAAGAUUGCAAGAGUGUGUUUUUUCGGAUUCCCACAAUUGUGGCCAUUCAGAAGAUGCUUCCGUGACGUGUGAUUCAGUUGUUCGGCUUGUUGGUGGAAACACCCCAUCUGAAGGAAGGGUUGAAGUCCUCCAUGAUAGUCAAUGGGGAACUGUGUGUGAUGAUGACUGGGACGUCACAGACGCAAACGUUGUGUGUAGACAACUCGGCUUCAGUGGAGCAACUAAUGCAUGGCAGAGUGCACACUUUGGACAAGGAGCAGGUCCAAUACUCAUGGACGACGUCAACUGCGAUGGAGAUGAGCACAUACUGCAAGAUUGUGUUUUUUCCGGCUGGGGUGUUCACAAUUGUGGCCAUUCAGAAGAUGCUUCCGUGACGUGUGAAUCAGAUAUGCGGCUUGUUGGUGGAAGCGUCGCAUCUGAAGGCAGGGUCGAGGUCUUCUAUGGUGGCCAAUGGGGCACUGUGUGUGAUGACGACUGGGACAUUACAGACGCUAACAUUGUGUGCAGACAACUCGGCUUUAGUAAAGCAUUUAAUGCAUGGCAGGGUGCACACUUUGGAGAGGGAGCAGAUCAAAUACUCAUGGACGACGUCGGCUGCGGUGGAAAUGAGGAAAGAUUGCAAUAUUGUGUUUUCCGGGGAUGGGGUGUCAACGACUGUUUCCAUUCAGAAGAUGCUUCGGUGACAUGUGCAGAUACCGAUGUGCGGCUUGUUGGUGGAAGCGCCCCAUCUGAAGGUAGAGUCGAAGUCUUUCAUAAUGGUCAGUGGGGCACUGUAUGUGAUGACUCCUGGGACAUCACAGACGCGAACGUUGUGUGCAGACAACUCGGCUUCAGUGGAGCAACUACUGCGUGGCAGAGUGCACACUUUGGACAAGGAACAGGUCAAAUACUCAUGGACAACGUCAACUGCGGUGAAUUUGAGGGAAGAUUGCAAGAUUGUAUUUUCGAUGGUUGGGGUGUCAACAACUGCGGGCAUCAAGAAGACGCUUCGGUGACAUGUAAACCAGCCGAUACUCAAGCACCAACAUUAUUGGGUUGUCCUGAACCUAUCCAUGUCAACCUGCCGAUAGGAAACAGCGACGUUGCCGUCUCAUGGAUUUCGCCAUGGACACCUGAAACUGGAUUAACUAACACCCAGACUCAUCAGCCUGGAUCUAGAUUUACAGCUGGAGUAACCACGGUCAUAUACACCUUCACUGACCAGGCUGGGAAUCAAGCAGUAUGUACACUUACUGUAACGGUAUCAGCUCCACCUGAGCUCAGUCACAACCCCGUGGUAACCCUCAUAUCACCUACAUUAGCUAGAGUGACCUGGCAAGCAUGGGACACAAGUAGAGGAGAUACAGGAGACGGACCGGUUGUUGCAUACACAGUCUACGUUAACCCAAACAAUGGUUCCUCAUGGAUGAUUGCUGGCAGAUUGUCAGUAACAGAUCCAUCACAAGCAUCGUACAGCUUUCUGAUUGAAAACUUGCAGCUAGGGGCAAUGUAUGCUAUUAGUGUAGCUGCAGUAAGAGAUGGUGAAGGAGGGGAAGGACCGAAAAGUCCUUCGACUGUGAUCCAGACUCAACUGCCAACGGAAAUACCAACAACUCAGGAGCCUACAAAUGCAGCCUCGGAUGUAGGCACCCAACGAGGAUCGAAAACCUAUGUAAUUGUUGUCUGUGUCGUCAUUGUCGCCCUCCUUCUGGUUUUGGGGUGCUCGAUUUUUAUCUUCCGAGUACGAAAGCGAAAAAGGAGGCAAAAUCCCGAUGGCCAGGAGAUGGUGGCCUGUUACGAAAAUACAAUUAUUUGCAAUGGUAAAGGCGAAAUGCCGACCGUUUCUCAGACAGUUAGUUUCGCAGAACCAUCAGUAUAUGAAGUAAUAGCAAUCAAAUCUUCCUCAUCAAGUGGAAGUGCUGGUUUUCCUGCCUGGGCCAAGCCAUGGAGUGUCUCAUGGGGUGAUUUGAUGGUUGGAACCAGAGUGCUUGGAGAGGGUCGUUUUGGUAUAGUGCAGCUCGGUGGAGUGAUGAUUGAUGGGGAAAUUAGCAAGGCAGCCAUCUAUCAAAUGCACGAAAAUGCGUCCCCGACCGAAAGGCAGAUUUUCCUAGACGAGUUCGGAUCCAUGGCUAAAACUGGACGUCAUCCCCACGUUGUCGGGAUUCUUGGUGCCUGUGAUCACGACGACACUUUGUAUGUGGCUUUGGAGUACUUACCCAACGGUGACCUUCGCUCCUACCUGAGAAAAGCUCGACACGUGGAUGAGGAUAAUAGUCAAGGAGUUCUGUCUUCCAAGAAGCAGAUUCAGUUCGCUUUGGAUGUGGCGAAAGGAAUGAAACAUCUUGCUGCAUCUGGGAUGAUACAUCGAGAUUUGGCAGCAAGAAAUAUUCUCCUAGACAACAACCUGAAUGCCAAGAUUUCCGACUUCUGUUUGGCACGAGGGGAAAAUAUUUAUGUGCAAAUGUCAAAGACUCGUGUUCCUACUCGCUGGUUGUCUUUAGAGUCGUUGACGAAAAACACCUACACCUCAAAGACUGAUGUAUGGUCCUACGGAAUCCUUCUCUGGGAAAUUGCAACUCUUGGUGGGACCCCAUACGCAGGGAUUAAAACUAACUUCAUAGCGUCAAGACUUGAGCGUGGCUACCGCAUGCCUAAACCGAUCAACUGCGGUGAGAAAACUUAUGAUUUGAUGACCCAAUGCUGGCAGGAAGAUCCAGGUGAUCGACCAUCCUUCACGAAACUUGUGUCAACUCUCAUGACUAUGACUACAGGAAACACUGACCAGGUAUUCAUGAGGACGAGCUCAAAGGACGAGGAGAACGAUUAUAUGGACAUCUAUCCGGAUUUUGAUGACAACUGAAACUCAAACAGAAAUGGUUCAAGUAUCCGCCGAAGCAUUGACACAAGGAACAAAUACAUUGAGAAAUUGUUACAUCAAGAUUAAUUAUGCGAUUCAAAGUCUAGUCAUGUAUUGUUGAAGACUUGUCAGGCAAAACUUUGUUUUUAAUGUUGCAUAUAACUGCGUUAUAUUUUAAGCAGAUGUACUCAUAAAUUGACCUCUGCAGUUUAAACGAAAAGAGUGAUUCAUUAGUCGGGGGUCAUCAUAUCAUUGUUAAAUAUAACUUCAACUUCAUUUUUUUAGCUUGGCUAGAAUCAACCCUAUGUUAAAUUUUAAUCUCCAUUAAUUACACAGACAUGUUGAAUACACAGACAUUUAACAGACAUUACACAGACCCAUUUUGAUAUUAAUUAAAUUGCUCCUAAUUUAAUAAUGAGAUUGUCAAUUGGUUUAUAAUAUCAAUUAAAUUUUGUAAUGAGGUAUUAAUAAGUAAAACAGUUGAUUGUACAGACAUGUUGAAUACACAGACAUUUAAAAGACAUUACACAGACCACUUGGAUGUUAAUUAAAUUGCUCGUCGUUUUAUAAUGAGGUUAUCAAUUGGUGUAUUUUAUCAUUUUAACUUUGUAAUGAGGUAUUAAUAAGUAAAACAGUUGAUUGCACAGACAUGCUGAAUACACAGACAUUAAACAGAUAUUACACAGACCCUUUUGGAUAUUAAUUAAAUUGCUCCUAUAGUUUAAUAGUGAGAUUUUCAAUUAGUGUAUUUUAUCAUUUUUACUUUGUAAUCAUUUUAACUUUGUAAACAUGUAAAACCGUUGGUGUAAGUAGGGCAAGCUAUAUAUUAAGGACACUUCGACUAACACAACAUCAAGGUAAGAUAUUAUUUACCAACAAUUCAUUUUCUUUUAUACGAGAGAUAAAUAUCACGGCGCUACGUUUAACCUAGACAGCUACUGUCGAAAAGGGUGGCAUCAUAACACACAUUUUAUUUUUUAGCGUUUGCAAUAGUUCAUUUAUUAAUAACAAGUUGUUUUCAUUUGGUAGCUGAAUAUUUAAAAAAAAGUUGCAUGGUAGAAGCUUAAACAACCACAAAUAGCAUUUCUUUUGUUGCAUUUAAAGCCAUUGACACUUUCGGAACAGAAACAAAAUUAAAAGUUCACAGAUUUACAAAUAACUUACAGGG